AUGCUGUCCGGAGUCCUGCCGUGUUUCCAGCUGCUGAGAAUUGGCUCGUCUUCUACAGAUUCGGCCCGGGACCUGUACACGUUCCGGCCGGCGCUGACCCACUCAGUGUUCCGGCUGGGCCGUGCGGAAGAGCUGUGUGAUGUCACACUGGACUCGAUGUCUGUGUCCCGGAUCCAUGCUGAGCUGCAUGCUGAGAGGGAGGCGGAGGGAGCGGCUGAGGGGGGCUGGAAGGUGCAGAUAAACGACCGGAGCAGCCAUGGUGAGUUCCACACCAUCCAACAUGAUUACAGUACAUUGCUCUUAGAAGAAUCACCAUCGGAGACAUACAACUGUGAUGUAGUCUGAUAUGUCUCAUUCUAUCUUAAUAUUUAUUUUGUUACAUUUCUUUUAACAUAUUCUACAACUACACACACACUUAUGUUUAGUUUCCUUAGGUGUCAUUCAAAUGUAUUUUACUUUCAUCUGCGCUUUCUCCUCCACCUUCCCAUGCCAGGUACCUGGGUGAAUGAGGUCCGUCUGCAGCCAGGUGUCCAAUGGAAGCUCACAGAUGGUGACACACUCACCUUCGGCGGCCAAUCAGAGAGAGGGAGCCCAGAGUUCUACUUCCUCUUCCAGAAGGUUAGCGUGCGGCCGUUGGACUUCGACGCCAUCACCAUCCCCAAGGCCGGCACCUUCUCCUCCGACCUGAAGAACCGGAUCAGAACGAGCCUGGACCGCAAGGUGGUGGCCAACUUGGAUCUCUCCACAUUGUCCAUCAAUAGGGCGACUGUCAUUCUGAAUUCCAUCGGAAGCCUGAGCAAGAUGAAUGGGACUCCUUGGACAUUUAAAAGGAGUGACGGCAAUAUCACAGACACAAGCUCCACCUCCCUGCCCCUUACAUCCUUGGUCCCACCCGCCACCCCUCCUCCCUUUCCAGCCACUACCUAUGUGGCCUCAUCCAAGUCACUCCCGCCCUCAUCCAAGAGCAGGCGCAAGUCAGCCCACACUGUCCUUCUGGAGGAUGACAGCUCGGACGAGGCCAGGAACCAGCGAGAAGUGAAGGACGGACCUAGAGGGACGAAGAGAAGGCGCCUCUAUAAGUCUGAGUCUGAGGGUUUCCACGCUCAUUUACCCAAAACGAACCAGGAUGUACGACGCCAGUUCGAACUGAAACAUGUGCCUGUGCCCAAACCGAUCGCAAACUGUCACACCAUCGUCGCUAACGGCAAACUCAACCAUGUAUCCUUCAACAUCAAUCAGAGGUGGGAGAUCGACCCAAACAAUCAAAGGACUGGCCCAAAUAUGAACGUCUCUGUGUUUCGCCAGCAGAAGGUGUUUUCGCCGCCAUCCUCUGGGCGGGGAAGGCGACAGGCUCACAGCUCCCCAGUGUACUCCCCUAUGGUGGUGGGAGGAGAGAGCUACACCCUGGCGUCCCCGUCCCUGAUGAUCUGCAAAGAGGAGAGUGGGCGGGCAGGGCAGUUUGGCAGAUUUCACAUCACCUCUGGGUGAGAAUGCCCUCGUGACAGCAUCCAAACUACAGUGCUCUAUCAUGUACACUGCUCAAAAAAAUUAAGGGAACACUAAAAUAACACAUCCUAGAUCUGAAUGAAUGAAAUAAUCUUAUUAAAUACUUUUUUCUUUACAUAGUUGAAUGUGCUGACAACAAAAUCACACAAAAAUUAUCAAUGGAAAUCAAAUGUAUCAACCCAUGGAGGUCUGGAUUUGGAGUCACCCUCAAAAUUAAAGUGGAAAACCACACUACAGGCUGAUCCAACUUUGAUGUAAUGUCCUUAAAACAAGUCAAAAUGAGGCUCAGUAGUGUGUGUGGCCUCCACGUGCCUGUAUGACCUCCCUACAACGCCUGGGCAUGCUCCUGAUGAGGUGGCGGAUGGUCUCCUGAGGGAUCUCCUCCCAGACCUGGACUAAAGCAUCCGCCAACUCCUGGACAGUCUGUGGUGCAACGUGGCAUUGGUGGAUGGAGCGAGACAUGAUGUGCUCAAUUGGAUUCAGGUCUGGGGAACGGGCAGGCCAGUCCAUAGCAUCAAUGCCUUCCUCUUGCAGGAACUGCUGACACACUCCAGCCACAUGAGGUCUAGCAUUGUCUUGCAUUAGGAGGAACCCAGGGCCAACCGCACCAGCAUAUGGUCUCACAAGGGGUCUGAGGAUCUCAUCUCGGUACCUAAUGGCAGUCAGGCUACCUCUGGCGAGCACAUGGAGGGCUGUGCGGCCCCCCAAAGAAAUGCCACCCCACACCAUGACUGACCCACCGCAAAACCGGUCAUGCUGGAGGAUGUUGCAGGCAGCAGAACGUUCUCCACGGUGUCUCCAGACUCUGUCACGUCUGUCACGUGCUCAUCUGUGAAGAGCACAGGGCGCCAGUGGCGAAUUUGCCAAUCUUGGUGUUCUCUGGCAAAUGCCAAACGUCCUGCACGGUGUUGGGCUGUAAGCACAACCCCCACCUGUGGACGUCGGGCCCUCAUACCACCCUCAUGGAGUCUGUUUCUGACCGUUUGAGCAGACACAUGCACAUUUGUGGCCUGCUGGAGGUCAUUUUGCAGGGCUCUGGCAGUGCUCCUCCUGCUCCUCCUUGCACAAAGGCGGAGGUAGCAGUCCUGCUGCUGGGUUGUUGCCCUCCUACGGCCUCCUCCACGUCUCCUGAUGUACUGGCCUGUCUCCUGGUAGCGCCUCCAUGCUCUGGACACUACGCUGACAGACACAGCAAACCUUCUUGCCACAGCUCGCAUUGAUGUGCCAUCCUGGAUGAGCUGCACUACCUGAGCCACUUGUGUGGGUUGUAGACUCCGUCUCAUGCUACCACUAGAGUGAAAGCACCGCCAGCAUUCAAAAGUGACCAAAACAUCAGCCAGGAAGCAUAGGAACUGAGAAGUGGUCUGUGGUCACCACAUGCAAAACCAGUCCUUUAUUGGGGGUGUCUUGCUAAUUGCCUAUAAUUUCCACCUGUUGUCUAUGCCAUUUGCACAACAGCAUGUGAAAUGUAUUGUCAAUCAGUGUUGCUUCCUAAGUGGACAGUUUGAUUUCACAGAAGUGUGAUUGACUUGGAGUUACAUUGUGUUGUUUAAGUGUUCCCUUUAUUUUUUUGAGCAGUGUAUUAGUAUUUGUCGUACAUUUUCCUUCUCUGUAAAUAAAUAUGCUCCGUUCUCACUUCACAUUCUCAAAUAUGUAUUUUUGGUGAAAUAUAGUGAAUGCAUUGAAAGUCAAAUGUGACACUCACACACCUCGUUCUCCUCCCUCCCUCUCCAGCAAGCGGCGGGGCAGACCAAGGAAGCACCCUCCUCCGCGGCCCUCCCUUCCCCCUCCGUCCUCAUCUUCCUCCUCGUCCUCUUCGAGCUCCUCGUCCUCCUCAGAAGACGAAGUGGAGGGAGUGUCCCAGGGGGUGGAGUCGUGUGCCGCGCCUCGCUGCCGCCUGCCCCAGCAGGACACGGUGCAGUGGGUCCAGUGUGACGACUGCGACGCCUGGUACCACCUGGACUGCCUGCACUGCGAACGCAAGAACCUCCUGCUGGACCCCAACGCAGACUUCCACUGUGGCUGCCGCUGAUACAUCAGGAGUGGAUCACAGCCCCCUACACUAGAGCACACUUAAUGCCUUAAUCAUACCGCAAUGAAUUUGAGGCUUGUUUAUGUGAGAGGGAAAAAAUACCUUGAUUGUUGUGUAAUGUGGAUUGUAUGAUGAAAAUAGAUGUGUACAUUGUUCGUGGAGGUUUUUAGUUGUGACUGAGGCUCGUACGGACAAUAGGGCUGGUCUCAUGUAUGUAAUAAUUAGAGGCCUCCCUAAACUGACAUUUUUCGAAGUGUUCAUCCAAGCUCGCUCUAAUGUUGAGCAAUGAUAUGAGGAAUACAGUGAAAGCUAGAACUUGGGUUAGCAGUGGUAACCCUGGGGACUGAUAUGGCUAUUUUUAGCUACAAAGGCUACUCUGGUGUACAGUACAAGUCUCGAAACAAGUAGACAUAGUGACAGACUGCAGGUUUUUAACUUAGUGUACGAAGUAUUUCCAUAUUGCAUUGUGAAUAACCCUGCUGUUGAUUGGGGCUAAUGAAGGGGGUAUUGAAGAAUUCACCAAAUUCAUAUCUGCAGUAACACAAUAUGCAUUGCAAUACUCUCAUAAUCACACAAUACGAAUAAUCGAGCAAGGAUAUGCUUCGCUUGGUUCUAUCCUGUUCAGUAAAGAUGUUUACGCAAAAAAGAUGAGCAUGGGUUUUCUGCGUUCACACUCUUUCGUUUUAUUUGAUCUAUAACAUGCUGACUUAUUUUUUUCCGAAUUAACAUAAGCUGUCUGACUUUGAUUUAUGUAUCUAACAAUGUAUGCAUAUCUGUCCAUAACACAAAUAGAUUUAAGUC